AUGGCCAUGAAAAAUCAUUAUAUCCCAUAUUCAUUUCAAAGAGCAUCCAAUAUUAUAGUCCCAUUAGCACCCACCGUUAAAUUCGAAAUAAAUCCAGAAAUUUUUCAAAUGCUCCCUAAUUUUCAUGGAUUGUCUUUAGAGGAACCUCAUCAGCACUUAGAAAAUUUUUAUAUAGUCUGUGAUUUAGUUAAUCUCCCUCAAGUUACAUCGGAAAUUAUUAAGAUGAAAUUAUUCCCUCAUACACUUAGGGACAAAGCUAGUCAUUGGCUAUCUACAUUAGAUAGAGAAUUAACUAGCUGGAAAGACAUAGAACAUGCCUUUCUUCAAAAAAUUUAUCCCUUAGGAAAAACUCAAAAUAUGAGAAAACAUAUAUGGAGUUUUUCUCAAAGUCCAAGAGAAACUUUACAUGAAACAUGGGAAACAUUCAAAGAUUUACUUAGAAAGUGUCCUCAUCAUGCUAUACCCAAGUGGCAGCUCAAUAGAAUUUUUUAUGAUGGAUUAUUAGAACAACAUAGAAAUAUGGUUGAUUCUAUAUGUGGAGGAGCUUUUAUGGAGAAAACCCCUGAUGAGAUUUACAGUCUUUAUGAGAAUUUAAGUGAAAAUUCUAGAGAUCAAGCCUCUUUUGAAUUAUAUGACAGGGAUAAGAAGAGAGGAAUUUAUGAAUUGCAUCAUGAUGAUGAUUCUAAAUUUAGAAAUGAGGUUAAUCAGAUUAAUCAAAGAUUAGAAAAAAAUGAUUUACUUAUUGACAAUAUUAGAAAGCUUUUUAACCCUCAACUUAAUUCGAAUAGUAUAUGUCCUAUGUAUGGUGAAAAUGAUUAUUCUAAAUUUCAAUGUUAUAAUUUAGAUCAAUCAUUUCACCCUAUGCAAGAACAAGUGCAAGUAGCUCACGGUUUUAAUAGAAAUAGGGAACCUUUUUCAAAUUCUUAUAAUCCUAAUUGGAGGAAUAAUUUUUCAUGGAGAGACCCAAAUAAUAUUCAAAAUCCAGAAGCACUUAGACCCAAUUCAAACUCUAAAUUUCGUUCAAAAUAA